AUGAGCCAGGGACCGAAGGAAUUCGAAGUGGCUAUUAUCUGCGCCCUCCCCUUUGAGGCCGACGCGAACCUGCGUCUCUUCGACGAGUGCUGGGACGAUAAGGAACAGAGUCCGGGGAUUAUAUGCGACAGCAAUUGUUACUCGUACGGCCGUGUCGGGAGGCAUAAUGCCGUUCUCGUUCUCCUUCCGGGCGUAGGAAAGGGUGACGAAAUCCUUCAAGGCGACGUUGUCAUCGCGAACUCAGUCGUGCAGUAUGACUUUGGCCGGCAAUGGCCCGACAAAUUUCUGCCGAAGACUUCGGUCCAGGAUAGCCUCGGGCGGCUAAGCAAAGGGCUUCGGUCUCUUCCUAGGGGCUUUGAGACGGACCACGGUCGCGAGCGCCUAGAGCGGCGCACCGCAUUCUUCCUAGAGAGGUUGCAGGAGAAGAAGUUGCCACGACGAAGCAAGCACAACUAUAGACACCCUGGCACGCUGCACGAUAGGCUAUUUGAGGCUUCCUACCGUCAUCGACAUCGCGGCUCCUUGUCCUGCUGCAGCGAGACCAACACUUGCAACGCCGCCCUCCCGGCCUCGUGCGAAGAGAUUGGGUGUGACGACUCGUACCUAGUUCCGAGGGCAGAGCUCAACUUGAAGUGCAAUCUAGAGAGCGAGGAUGCCGCCGAGGCCCAGAAGCCGUCUAUUCACAUCGGCCCUGUGGCCUCGGGCGACGCCGUCAUGAAGUCGGGCCAAGACCGCGACCGUAUCGCACGCGUCACGGGAGCUCUGGCUUUCGAGAUGGAGGGUGCCGGCGUCUGGGAUGAGCUGCCCUGCAUCAUCGUCAAGGGCGUAUGUGACUACGCCGAUAGCCACAAAGACAAGAAAUGGCAGGGCUUCGCCUCGGCUACUGCCGCCGCCGCCAUGAAGGCCCUGCUUGAAGCAUUGCCCGGAAAAGAUCAAUAUGCAAAGCCUUGGGGGCUUGUAUUGCACAACCCGGGCCAAGCAUCUACACCUCUCUCUGCUCUCCAAGGGGCGGUCCUCCCGAGCCACUUUGGUCUCACGUCCGAGCAAGCACGGGCGCUGCUCGGAAGCUGGAUACCGGCUCAAGUUACCUUGGCCCCGGUCUUAGUUAUUGAUGCCAGGGGCGCACGUCUCCCCUUUCACCUAGAAACCAUUAACUCCAAAGAGCUGUUUAUCGCGAUACUUAAGGCACGAUUCCAGGAUCUCGGAACAAGCAAGAUAGAGAGCGGCGAGUGGGUUCUCGACGACCUCGCGACGGGGCAGACCCUGGACUUAUUAAGGGACUGGCAAUCCAUUAUUAAGGUCUGA